AUUUACAAACAUGAAAGAAAUGUUCUAAAGUUUUAAGGAGGGAAAUUUCUAACAUUAAGAGAAUUUAAAACAAAAAAUUAACAUGUUUGUAUAUUUGUUGUUGUAAUUUUAGAUAUUAAAUUGUAAUCUGUUCUGUAUAAUGCAGAAAGCAAUAGGUAUGUGUUAGAAAUACUUUGAAAUUGGAAGUAAUUUAAUUUCAAUCACAUUUCGAAAGGUAGCGUUAUUAGACAUAAUACAUGCUUUUAUCACCGUGCUUAAGAAGGAAUAUAAAAUUAAAAAAAAAUGUUGAAAUUAGAAUUAUUUCCAUUAUGCAUGCUUUGUUGUUGGUGGAGUUGCAACAUUGCUGGUAUCCAUGCUGAAGGUAUUAUAAAAAAGCAAAAUGGCAAAUUGCUGAAUAGAAGUUUAGAACCUUUAUUACCAGUGCCUUCUUUACCGAAUCACCGUCUCGUCCCACAGCGAGUUCUGGAAGAAUCGAAUGUCGAACAAAAUUUCCCUCACGAAAUACGCCGUAGGUCUUUGUCUGAAACUCCGAACCAAGAAAACUUCAUCCUCCAAGAAAAGCACCUGCGUUACCUUAUGUCCAGCACAGCGGAACAACCUGACAACAGUAGUCAAUCUUCUACUUUCAACAUAUGGCUCACCAUACUAAUAGCUGCACUAGCAGCUGCCAUCUUCUCCUGAUUGUUAUUGUUCUUCUAAAAAUACUGCAUUGACUGACUGCCAUUUCCUAUCUUUUCUAUUCUCCGUUUUUCUCCCAACUCCGAUUAAAUCCGCCGAAGAAUUGUUGGCCCACUUUCUGUUGAGGAAUGUUUUUAUCGUUUCUCAUUCCUCAGAAUACUAUUCUACUUACUUUUUUUUAAAUGAAUCUCUUGUAUUUUGCAAUAUUUAUUUUGUUGGUAAAAUAGGAAAGUAGCGAAAUGUUUGUAUGAUUUCAAUUUUUUUGUACUGGUUUGAUGUUUAAAAUAGAAUUUAAUUUAGUGACAUUUUGAUAGAAAAUGUUAGUAAUUAUAUAAUUUAAUUUGCUGAUAGUUUUUAUUAUUUUGAUCUUUCCUCUUUCGUUAGAAUUUUUUAGUCCUUUCCACCCCACCCCCCCCCAUUUUUUGAAUUUCUUUUAUUUAGCGAUUAUUAUUGACGAAAUGGCAACACAUAUUUAAUAUUUUGAAAGUUUAGAAUGAUUACAAUGAUUUCAUUUUGAUUAUUUGCUAUGCAAUAGGAAGAAAAUAAUAAUAAUAAAAAAUUUCGAUCAACAAAAUUUUGAUAGAAAGUUGUUGGUAUUUUCAAUAAUUUAAUUUUUGGUGAUUUAAUUUGUUAAUGAUUUUCAUAAAAUCUAAUAACUCAAAAAAUUUAAUUUUUUCAUUUUUUUCAGUAAUUUUUUUCAAUAGUUUAGUAAUUAUUUACUCGAUUCCCUUUUUUUAAAUUUUUGAUUCAUAUCCACUUUUGUUUCAUGACAUUAUUCUCUAGAAAAAAACAGUUUACUAAUGUUAGAAUUGCAGUUUCUCUUCAUCCUAAAACUGAAACGGUUCUAGUCCUAAUUAGAUUCUAUUUAUGCUUAAUUAUGUCAAGAGAAAAUUUUACAAGCCCUUUUUUGAAGAAAUAUGUUUCGGGUUAAAAAAAAGAAUUAGGAUUUUUUAAUAAAAGAAAUGACAAAUUAUAAUUAUUCAACUAAUCACUUAAUAUUUUCCUGUAAACAUUACCCAUUUUAAAAAUCUGUGUUACAGUUGACCGUUUUUGUUUUUCCUUUUUCAAACAAAAAAAUGCGAGUCACAGCCUUUACUAGCAUUGAAAAUCUUAUUUUGGAAGAAGAUAAACUUCUUAGAAUUAUGCGGAUCAUAAAUACAAUAUUGUUGUACUAAUUUAAUCUGUAAGAAAAAAUUCCAUUGAUCAAAAAAAGUGUGAAUUAGUGACUAAAAAUAAUACAGUCGAACCUCUAAACAACGAAUUUUAAAAUUACCCAAAAGAGAAAUUUGAGAUAUAGAAAUUUCGAUAAAUAUAAGUGCCAAUGACCAGAAAUAAAUAUUGCAAAUAUUUGAUUACUUUUUGAACUUUUUUAGAAUCGCUUUUGUAUAAUUGAUUUUUUGGAGUUAAAGAAGGCUGAAACAAAUUAAAGCAUCAGAAAAGUAUAUUUUAUAAAUGCAUAAUAAAUGAUUUUCCAAAUCCGUAUUACUUGCCAAAAUUUUAUACCUUUUAAAAUCAGUUCUUAAUUUUUACUUCCACAUUCUUCAUUUUUUAUUAUGCUAAACUCUACUUUCACAUUUUUUUACGAUUUCCAAUUUGACACUGCAUGUAGUUAAAGAAAUUGAAAGCUAAACUGAAUUUAAAGUAAAAAUGUCUGUCCAAGUUAGGAUUUUGAUUCAUAGAACAGGAGUUAGAAAACCCUUUAAAUAAAUAAGCUUGUAAAAAUUGAAAAAAAAAAAGUCGUUUUUUAGAAAGUUAAUUUAUGUCAUUAAAACUAGUCAUUUACAUUGACUUUCUGUCUAAUAAUAUGUGCAAUGUCUAUGUAAUUCAGUAUUUAAUGUAAAAGACAAUCCUGAUACAUCUGUUUUGUUCAGACGUUUUGUAAUAAUGUCUCAUCAUAUUUAUUAAUAUCUGUGGAUUGUUUUCUCUUUUGCAUACAUAUGAAUGUAGAUUUAAUACUAAGUCUAAAAGAAAGAUCUUUAAAUAAAUUUAAAAUUAAAAUGGGAAAAUUUCUGUCAAAAUGUAUAUAAAGAAACUGUGUUAAUAAUUACGAGAAAUUUGAUCAAGCUUACAGAAGAAGAAAAAAAAAUUAUUAUUUUUGAUUAUGAUUAUUCUAUGUUUGAGAAUCUAAAGCAGUGAUAAUUUUAUGUUUUUUCAUGAUAUAUUAUGUAUUUAUGGACUUGGAUUUUCUGCUGUAAAUAGUUAAAUAUACUUUCAAUUCAAAAUAUGCUUGUUAAUUCAUAAUUUUAUUUAAUCGCAUGUUAUUUAAGUGUUGUUAAAUUAAAAAGAUCAAGGGACACUAAAGAUUCUCAUUUGGAUUUAAAUAGGGACUUUUUUGUUGGCCAGUUUAAUUAUAUAUUUAUCAUUAUUCUAUUUUAAUUGUCAUCAAUAAUUUAAUUGCAAACCAUCGAAACAAUUUGGUAUUAUUUCUGUUUACAAAUAUUUUGUUUUAAAUAGUGAAUUUUAUAUUAAUUUUUUUUCUUAUUAGAAUAAUUAUUUUAAUCAUGCGAUUUAUUUUUCCACAUUUUUUUGCUUUCAAAAGUUAUGCGACUAGUAUAACCUUUGAAAUAUAAAAGAAUGUAGCCAAUUUGUAUGUUGAUUGUGAUACAAUAAUUAUAUAAUAAUAUUUUUUUUAUUUUUUCAACUAAAUUAAACGAAAAUUAUUAUUGAAUAAGGAUCAUAU